AUGACUCUUCCGUCCUCUUUCUCAGCGGCAUUCCGGAGUCUGUCCCUGACAGCUUCAAAACGAGCCUUCUCUACAACACGACCAACGCAGAAACUCCCAAAGUUACCGGACUACAUCCCGCCUUAUCCGUAUAGCCCGAAUUACACGUACCGACAAUCGAACACAGGUCUCUACGGAGGAACAACAAUCCAAUUCGGAAACAAGAUCUCCCAGGGCCGGAACGAAGGGAAAACGCGGCGAUUCUGGAAACCCAACGUUCGACGAAAGAAGAUAUGGAGUGAUGCGCUGGAGGAUUUCCUUUUUAUCAAGGUUACAAGGAAGGCUUUACGAACCAUCCGGAAGGCAGGGGGGCUCGAUAAUUACCUGUUGGACGAUCGACCUGCGCGAAUCAAGGAGCUAGGAGUCUUUGGGUGGAAACUUCGAUGGCAAGUGAUGCAGACGGACAAGAUUCAAGAACAGUUCCGAAAGGAAAGAAAACGUUUAGGCCUGCCAGAACCACCGACCUUUGAAGAGUGGGUGAAGCAGAAGGAAGCCGAAAUCAAGACGCAAGUGGAGGAGCACACCAACAUUGCGGAACUCACGAAGCCGACCUACAACGAAAAGAAUUAUUAG